UGCUCACUCAAGUUUCCAUUAUCGUUUAUCUUUUAAUGUGAAAGCCACUGAACCUAUCCAUUGUUUUGUGUCUUUAUGGUGUGGUCCUUUGCUUCUUGGCUUAAAAAAAACAUCCAACAAUUAUGCUUGUCCUUUAAUAUUUAACAUUAUAUGUAGUGUGAUAUUAAAUGACGAACAGCAACUAGAAAGUUGUAUCAUAUCACCGACCCUCCAAGAAGACGCUAGGUGGAUCUUACAGAGUCUAUAUACAGCUCGACAUGAGAGCACAGAGUGUCUUUCUUAUUAUCAAACCAUAAACGACGCUUUUCUUCAUUGUAGUUUUCCUUUCUCUUGUAUUCAUGAAAUAUGGAGGCUUAUUUUUGUCAUAGCAUUUUUAGAGACGGGUUAUAUCUUCUUUUCUACAAAUCAGCACCACAACGUUAGCGCACCUUCUGGGUUAACAUUCGAAACUUUCUUACAAAGAAUGUUGUUUUAUCUUGAUAUACCAUUGGUUGAAAAAGGGCUGGAAAAAGUGUUUACUUCUCAUCUGCAGUGUUUAUGUCAAUUAUCAAAUACAUUGUAUCAAUGCAUGUUAAAAUUCUUAAUAGCGGCGUUCAAUUCGCGUAUUCCUCAAAACGAAGAGCGUCCACAUACAUGCUGUGUGGAAAUUGUGUAUGGCGUAGGAGAAACGCUAGAUAAGGAGGAGUUAACCAUGUCGGCGGCGAGGGACCUGUCAAAGAUGCGCCAAGAGUUUCAUCACUUGGAAACUGAUUCAGAACGUAUCUCAAGCGUAACGGGUCACCCAUUGGAUGAGUUUUUUGUUCGUUGCUGUCAAGAUGUACUGAAUUCCUCUUAUGCUUAUGACAGCGUUUUGUCAGAUGUGGGGUUCCACAAAAAACAUAUGAAGCGAGUGAUUCGUAAAGAUGUAAAUCUUUUUUCUAAUGAAAUGGUGCUUUGGAACUGUCUAAGGUUAAGCCAUGACUCUUCGCAUUUUAAAGAAACCCGUUCCCAAUAUGGGGAUGACUACAAAAAUGGCGAGUCUUUGAAUCGACAAAAGAAAAGAAUAAACAUUAGCGAUGACACACCAUCACAAAACUUCAUCAAACAUUUGAAGGAAUCAUCACAGAGUCUAACGUGUGUUUCUUUCUUUCCGCAAAAACCUUCUUGUUUCGAAUUCUCUCAUUAUUUCUCUCAAGCCUAUUACGACACAAAAAAAUUUUAUUUUGACAAUACCAUGAAUGCACUUCCCAGCUUUUUAUGGCAACUAUUAGAACAAUCUUCUCUGAGCUUAUUAAAAACCUGCCUUACAACGUAUGGCUCACCUUUGAUGACAUAUUUAAGAUCACAGCAGUGUGAAGAAGGUUUGAAGAAUAUAUACCACACAAUCAACACAGUUCAAAAUCGGUUCUACAUAUUAUGUUUGGGACACCAUUUACGACAAGUGAAAUAUCAAAGUCUCUUCCCUUACAAAAAAGACGCUUUAAGUAGUGCAGACGUUCAACAGGUUGCUUAUCAAUUAUACUAUUAUCGUUUUUCUCAAUGUGUGCGGUCCCACGAUUAUUGCUUUAUCAACACUAAAGACUUAUUAAAAAUGCUUGAGAGUUUUGCGUGGAUGUUCAAAAAAGACGUCAAUUGGAAAUCAUUAAGUGAAACUAAAAAAAUUCAAUCACUCCUUCAAGUCCUAGGAGUGUCUUUUUUUCCUUACACAUGGUGUCGUACAAUUGUUUGUUUACAUCGCUCAACAUUUGAGUUUAUCAAGACUCGUAUAAAACAUUUCCAUACAAGAUUUCUUCCAGCAUGCAUUCAAAUACAACGUUGUUGUUUGUCGUUUCUGUAUCGUCGGCGAAAACAAAAGGAGUGUCGAGCUCUGACUCAACUACAAGCAUGCAUUCGAGCGAUACAAACACACAAAGAACAUGAAAAGCGUUUCGAAAAUACAACGGAAUCGUUGAUGUGGGGUCUUGUAGUGUUUCUGUGUCAAACGUUUGAUGUGCAUAACGCACUCCAUGUGGAAACGAAUGAGUUUGCUUUCAAACAAACACUCUUAGAACAAAAGAUGUGUGAAAGAAGAAUCCAUGCUACUCUUCGCAUUCAAGCAUGGUGGAGGGGUUUACUAGCUAUGAAACAAGUUCACCAAAAGGAAAAAGAGGCUUAUUCUGCUGUAGCGGCUCUUGUCAUACAGUCAGUUUGUCGAAGAUAUUUAGCGCAGCUGCAUCUUUGUAGUAAUGUUGAACAAAAAAGAUUCCAUGAUGCAGCUGUUAUAAUUCAAAAAAAUUUUAAAUGUUGGUGGAAUCGUAAAAAAUAUCUUCAACUUAUUCAAUUAAGAGUUGCCAUUGUUCCUAUUAAGCGUAUAACAUCAUCUUUUUUUGCCACAAACCAUCGGUUACAGAUGCUUCAUCAUCUUCGACACCAUCGUUCGCAACGUACUAACCUUUUAAAAAAUACACUUCAAUUGAAUUUCUCUGCCGUAUGUAUACAACGGUCUUGGAAAGGUUAUAUGGUUCGAAAACAAUAUCAUUUUUUACUGCGUCUUGCUCAAUUAUGUCAAACAACUGCUUUCACUCAUUUACAUAAGGCCAGGUAUCGGCGUCUUUUUUAUAAAAUUAUCUUUCUUCAAAAAUGGUGGAAAAGCUAUUUAAAAUUGCAACCUUUUCCUACUAUGUUUGUAUCUAAACGACGUCGACCAAAUAUGACUGAUCUAACAAACAAACCACUUAGCUUAUUUCUUGUGAAGAACAAUCAAUUUUUAGCUUAUCGGCAAGAAAUUUUAUCCUUUAAUUUAUUACACAUUCCUUUAGUUGUCUUGCAAGCAGUGUAUCGUCAUUCUUUUCAUUCUUGUCUUAAUGAUUUGAAUAUGAUGCCUCUUCAAUUCAUUUCAAAACAAGUCAAUCCUAAUCCGUGGGCGUGGCCUUUUCUUCGUUUACUUGAAUCUUGUGCUCAAAAAAGCUGGAACACGAUUAUAGAAACAGAACCAGAAGUCUGUCGUUUGUCUUGGUACCAACUUAAAGCGAGUCGUUCUUCUUUUCCUUUUUUAAAAACAAAGAAAUCACUUUCUUCGGCGUCAUGGCUUACGAUUUCUCUUUUGACACAAAUGCCACAACUCGUUUGGAUCCAAUCCAUAAGCACUGGUGGUGAACAUACUCUACUUGUUUUAGGAAUCUUACAAAAAACUUCUUGCUAUUCCUCCAAAGAACCAAAUUCUUCCGAUUGUUCUAGGAAUCAAAAGCUCAAAUCGUGCGAAAUUGUUUACUCUGUGUAUGCAUGGGGAUCCAAUGAUCGAGGCCAAUUAGGACGAUUUGAGACCAGUGAAACUAAAAAAAAAGAUAUUGCCGUUCAAACCAUUUUAAAACCACUCCAUUUCUCAUCGCCAGCCUCCAAAAAAUUUUCUUCCAAGCUGUCUCAACAACCAUGUUCCACAAAAUUUUGCUUUAUCAAUCAUUCGACGUCCAUUCAAUGGAUCGGAACGGGAAAUGAAUUCUCUAUUGCUUUAGCUUUUGACGGAACUAUGUAUACAUGGGGCGACAAUACAUAUGGUCAAACAGGGCAAGGUUUCAGAUAUAAAUAUAUUAAUCAGCCUGCUGCUUUAACCUGUUUUGGAUCAUCGCGUAUCGUAAGUUUCUCGAACAGUCCUUAUCAUGUGAUGUGCUUAACACACAAAGGAUCACCUUAUACAUGGGGUAAACGUACCCAUAUUGGUUUAAAAGACCUAGUUCCAGAAGGAGACAUUUACACACCUUGCGCUAUUACAUGGAAAAACUCGAAAAUCAUUCCUUGUGCUCGGGGCUUGAGUGGUUAUGGAUUCAAUAUUCUAUGCCCUAUGCAUUCCACCACACUUCUUUAUAUCUGGGGAAGAAAUGAUUCUGGUCAAUUAGGUUUAGGAAACACAGCACCUUUUUCUGCUCAAACAAUUCAAGAAACUCAAUGUGAAAUUCCUUUUUGUAUACCCAAAGAAUACGUCCCUUUAAAAAAGGUGUCGUGUGGAUCGAAUUUCGUUGCCGCAACUGUGCAUUCUUCCACCUUUCCGUUAUUUUUAUGGGGAGCUUUUCAAAUUUUUGAUCCAGUUCAAACAAGUGUUCCCAAAACCACUUCACAUCCAUUCAUUUCUUUCACCAAAAAAAAAUCACCUUCGAACAAAACGUCCGCCAAUAAAAGUGAGCAAUCUUUUAAAAUCAUGAGUAUUAUGAAACCAACACCUGUUUUAAGUGAAUUUUGGGAGAAUUCUUGUAUUGAUGAUGUGACGUGUGGACAUUGUUCUUCUGUUCAAGUGGCUUUUUUUUCAAGCAAAUGUGUGUAUGGUUUUAACUUUGUUCAACCUCAUUGGUAUCAUAAAGAGGCGUUGGAAAAGAAACAACAACAUUCAAGUUAUUCCUACUACACGUCUUCUGCAGAAAAGAUUGACACCAAACCUAGCAUUUAUCCGACCAAGCUUGAAGGAGAGUUUCAUUUCAUUCCUGCACUUUAUCAGUUUACAAAAUGGAGAAACGGACUCCAUUCAUUACGGACGCUUCAGACGACUUACAAUAGUCGUGGUUUUCAGUUAGAUUACGCUGUUUGUUCUAAAACUAAUUUGAGUAAAAUUUUUCGCGGCCUCCAACUGCCGGUUCAAUCAAACAAGAAUAUUAAUUCUUUGCAAUCCUCUUUUAAUCAGUCGACGAUGUUGAAAUCAAAAGAGAUUUUUUCUAAAAAAUUACAAAUGUAUUUCACGCCACAAAAAAUAACAGAUCAAAAAUUUCUAAGCGACAAGAUAACAAACUACUCAGAUGUAGAAAAUGUUAAAACAGAGCACCAGGCAAUCGACACCUUAGUUGACAUUCCAAAAAGCUUCCCUUUUCAAUUAUCUACAACUCAGCAAAAACAGGCAAUCCUUUUAGGCGAAAUGUUUUUAGGCCCCUUCCCCCCAAUUUAGUAGACACCAAA